AAGCUUCCCACAUCAGUACUUUCGAUUUGGGUCUCGGUAAAUAUGUAAAUCCUAAAGAAUAUAUUUGCAUUCUGACCAGAAUCAUGUGCUCAGGUCUGCGUUCAGCUGUUCCUCUAGCUGUGGUUGAGGAGAUCCUACUGAAUCUGCCUGCUCAUCAGGUGGUGCGAGUCUGUCGUCUGGUGUGUCAUGAGUGGAAGGAGCUGGUGGACAGUGCUGCACACUGGAGAGAGCGCUGUCGGAGAGAGGGGAUCCAGCCACAAGAUGUUUCCAGACCACCAAACAACUGGCGCCAGUUUUACUUCUUAACUAAGAAACGAUGUAACUUGCUCAAGAAUCCCAGAGCAGAAGAUAAACUUCAAGGAUGGAAGAUUGUACAGAAUGGAGGUGACCGCUGGGUGGCAGAGAAAAAUAGGAAACCAUUUCCGGAUGAGACGGUCACAAAAUGUUUUGUAACUUCUCAUGGGUUAUGUAUGAAGCAACAGCUGAUAGAUUUGAAGAAAGAAGGCUACAGUGAUGCUUUCAUGGAUCAACUACAACCUCGUAUCAAAAUAUCUGACUGGUAUGCCCCACGCUUUGAUUGUGGGUGUCAGUAUGAGAUCAGUGUGGAGUUGCUUGAUCGGUUUACUAGCAUACAUGUUGAUCUUGUGCAGAAAACUCCUGGCAUCCCUUUAUCCAGGAAUCUGUGCUAUGCCAUUGGAGGAAUGCCUUAUCAAAUGACUGGAACCGCCAAGGGCUUUUUCAUGCAGAUAUUUUUAUUGGAUGUUGUGAAGAUGGGAGCUUUCUCUGCAUCCAUCAUUCUCUUCCUUGGUCGAGCUUGGGAUGCCAUUUCGGAUCCUCUGAUUGGAUAUGCCGUGAGCAAGAGUGGCCGGACCAGAAUUGGCAAACUUAUUCCUUGGAUUGUGUUCACAAUGCCACUUGGGGUCCUAUCAUACGUUAUGCUCUGGUAUACCCCACAGGACACCAUGUCCCCUGCCUUUAGUUUCGGCUGGUACUUCACAUGGUGCUGUCUGUUUGACACCUUCAUGAGUUGCUACCAUGUGCCAUAUUCUUCCCUAAACAUGUUUCUGGGGGGGAAUGAGAAGGAUCGAGACUCAGCCACUUGUUACAGAAUGGGCAUGGAAGUGUUCGCUACACUGGCGGGAGCUGCCAUUCAGGGUCAGAUAGUGGGGGUGCACCAUGCCAAGAGGACACACGUCUGCAGUUUACAGAAUGGCACGGAAGGGCCUUCUGGGAACCACACAGACUCACUGGAUGACAUAUCUGACACUCUACAAAAUACAAGAAGAGCCUAUUUGACUGGAGCAUUACUAUUGGGAAUGCUGUACUUUCUGUGCUGCCUCGUGCUUUUUCUUGGAGUGAAGGAGCAGUCGGCCCCUCUGAGUAAACUGGACCGCAUAAGUGUCCCCUAUCUAACUGGAAUGAAGAUGGUGGUGAGACACACUCCAUAUGUGUGGCUUGUAUUCGGCUUCCUUUUUGCUUCACUUGCCUUUCAGAUGGCUCAAGGAAAUUUUGCCCUCUUCUGCACUCACGCAGCAAAUAUGGGAGCAUAUUUCCAGCAUCUUGUUCUCAUACUAUUGACAUCAGCUACAAUAUCCAUCCCAAUGUGGCAGACACUACUGGUCAAAAAAGGCAAGAAGACCACCAUAUUCAUCGGCCUAUCAGUUUAUAUCCCAGCUCUAAUUGUGAUAUCCCUAAUGAAAAGUAAUUUACCCGUCUUCAUUAUUAUGUCCAUGUUAGCUGGUACGAGUCUGGCAGCCCUCUAUCUACUCCCUUGGUCAGUGUUGCCAGAUGUAGUGGAUGACUUCAAAGUCAAGAACCCAUCAUGCCAGGAUCUAGAACCAUUGUUCUACUCCUGCUACGUUUUCUUCAACAAAUUUGGAGGAGGCAUGUCUGUUGGAAUCUCUACUUUGGUACUACACUUUGCAGGAUACAAGUCUGGUGCUUGUAAACACAAUCCAGAGGUCAUAUGUUCGCUGCAGAUGCUCUUCGCUCCGGUGCCAAUCUGCCUGCUGCUCAUUGGUUUGGUUUAUAUCCCAGCUCUAAUUGUGAUAUCCCUAAUGAAAAGUAAUUUACCCGUCUUCAUUAUUAUGUCCAUGUUAGCUGGUACGAGUCUGGCAGCCCUCUAUCUACUCCCUUGGUCAGUGUUGCCAGAUGUAGUGGAUGACUUCAAAGUCAAGAACCCAUCAUGCCAGGAUCUAGAACCAUUGUUCUACUCCUGCUACGUUUUCUUCAACAAAUUUGGAGGAGGCAUGUCUGUUGGAAUCUCUACUUUGGUACUACACUUUGCAGGAUACAAGUCUGGUGCUUGUAAACACAAUCCAGAGGUCAUAUGUUCGCUGCAGAUGCUCUUCGCUCCGGUGCCAAUCUGCCUGCUGCUCAUUGGUUUGGUGAUUUUUUGCUUCUAUCCCAUCAAUGAAGAGCGACGGAGGAAAAUCCAGGACGCAUUACAGAAAGCAGGGACAGAGACCAGCAUGAAAGGAGAAGAAGAACUGAGCCUAUGAAGGUGAAUGUUUC